UUCUGUACUUUUUUAUGGAGUUGCUUAUGGACUUAAAGUUCAAAAAGAAGAAAACAAGUCUUGGUCGUAUAAUGGCUGAUUCUUUGUGAAGAGCUCCCUUUGGUCAGUCCUGAUGACUUGUCAGUCAAACAUCAAUUUCUGAAAGAAACACCACUCGCCAAUGCUGCAUUUUGGGCUGCAAGAAAAGGAAACCUGGCUCUCCUCCAGCUGCUGAUGAACAGUGGGCGAGUAGAUGUGGACUGCAAAGACAGCCUUGGCACAACAGCUCUGAUGGUAGCAUCUUACUAUGGCCACAUAGACUGUGUACGGGAAUUGGUGUUGCAAGGAGCAGAUAUCAAUCUGCAGAGAGAGUCAGGUGCAACUCCUCUGUUCUUUGCUGCACAGCAAGGCCACAACGAUGUAGUGAAGUUUCUCUUUGAAUUUGGAGCCUCUACUGAAUUUAGGAAUAAAGAUGGAGGUACUGCACUUCUAGCUGCUUGUCAGUACGGGCAUGCAAAAGUAGUGGAAACGCUGUUGAAGCAUGGUGCCAACAUUCAUGAUCAACUUUAUGAUGGAGCUUCUGCAAUUUUCCUGGCAGCACAAGGAGGCUAUCUGGAUGUUAUCCGAUUGCUACUUUCUUCAGGAGCAAAGGUUAACCAGCCACGGCAGGAUGGGACAGCUCCCUUGUGGAUUGCAUCGCAGAUGGGUCACAGUGAAGUGGUACGAGUAAUGCUGCUUCGUGGAGCUGAGCGAGAUGCCGCCCGGGAUGAUGGUACGACUGCUUUACUGAAGGCUGCCAUCAAGGGGUACAACAAUGUGAUAGAAGAGUUGCUGAAAUUCUCUCCCACUCUUGGCCUGCUGAAGAACGGGACCUCUGCUCUCCAUGCGGCUGUCCUGAGUGGCAACGUGAGGACAGUGGCACUGCUCCUUGAAGCAGGAGCAGAUCCGUGCCUGAGGAACAAGGCAAAUGAACUUCCAGAAGAACUAACGAAAAAUGAACGAAUCCUUCGACUCCUCCGCAUGAAGGAAAAGCAAGGGAAAAGCUAAUGCAGCCGUGCAGCAAAUAUGGUUUGACAGAGAUGCACCCUGACCACAGUAGCAUGACUGUAAACCUAGGUUGCCUAAGAAGGGCUUGUUGGAACAGUUUGCAGAACUGAUUAGCCUCUCCAGUACACGCUUCCUGAAUGCAUAAGGCCCUUGCCAUGGUGUCACCAUGGGCUAGGACCUCUUCCUGGCAUUACUGAACACAGGACUGCAAUGAGAGCAGGGGUUGGCCUGGGAGCUGCCUUUGCACUGCAGCCCCAUGGUGCUGCUGCCCUCCCUUUGCUGACAGUGCUAGCUCAGACCAUUCCUCUCUACUUCCAAGUGCCACAUGGGGCUAGAGGUGAGAUCCCACCUGUGACAUCCCAACAGAAAAAGUCCUCCUGCCAGCCCAGUUCUUUGAUAACAUUUUGGCUACUACAUGAAGCUCCGUGAAAGAUGAUUCAGAGAGUUACAAAUGAUGCCAAAAGCUACCAAGCAAACAAUAAGCAAGGAGAUGUCCUCCUCAGGUGUAGCAUCUUGAUCUGUCAAUCUGUCCAGCAACAGGAACACAGCAGAGCAGCUGAUAGCAUUUUGCAAUGUGUACACAGUGCUAUGGGGAUCCAUCCCUAACCCUGCUGUCUACAUACAUGGAUAGGGGAGGACCAGUUACUGGGCAAACCAGCCAGGACAUAUCAUUCACUGGUGCAAGUCCAUCAGAAAUUCAACUGUUGGGCACAACAACACAGAUGUUGUACAAGUGGUAGGUAUAUACGUAUGUUCUGCACGUGCAUAUAUGUGACACUAUGGUUCACUACCCACAGCUACUAUGCAAUGCACUUGUUCCCCAGGUCUGUGAAAGGAGUUAAGGGAGAAGCGCACAGUGUACAGAUCUUUCAGCAGUUAAUAAGAGGGCUACACAUAGCCGCAUGCAAACAGGAUCACUAAUUGACGCAGGCAUGGAAAAUGAACUCUCAACAGCAAUUUUAGCUUUUGUUGUGAUUGGGACACUUAGACACGCUACCACUGCCUGUAUGGGGAAGGCAGUGCAAAUUGCAGAUGGUUUGUGAAGAGCUAUGUUUGAAACAUGCUGAUGAAAGAUACCCCAUUAAACCACAGUCAUUUUUGUAGUAUAAAUAGUAUAUACUACAUCUUGUUAGCCAAAAAAAAAAAUUAAAAAAAAAAUUAGAGUUUAUUUUACAGUGAGUUGAGAUAUAAAGUUAGCUCAGUACAUAAAUCCAGGCACUUCAGCGGCCUUCAAAACUUGACAAACUACUGCAAAAUCGCUUUAAAAGCUAAAGACAGGGAAGAUUGUAAAGAAACCAAAUAUUCCCUGCUUAAGAGACAUCUGCCUAGGAUUCAGCUGAACUGUUGCACUUUUGCUUCAGUGAGCUAAAAAAAAAAAUCCACAUUAUUUUAGUGAGCCAGCACAAAUUAAUGUAAUGUACUCAGUGCAAAUUAGCCAUAUGUCUUACCAAUCCUAAAGUUAUUCUUUUUGUAAGUUAGGUAAGAAGUCAUGGUUCUGUUGAAGAGAACGGAAGUGGGCGUACCUUUGCUUGCAAGCUGAAAUUGCUGUUCAAUUUCUAUUCAGCAUUAGAAAGGAAAGCUUUAAUUUUUCCAAUAAUAUAAGAAGACACCAGAGAAAUCUAUUUGUUUAGGUAAUUCAUGCUGCUGUAUUUUUAAAUUAAAAUAAUGUUGUGCCUAACAGAAACUUGCAGACUAACUGGUACAGAACCAAAGAAUUAUGCAAGAUGCUUUGAGCAUGACUGUAUCCAGGGGUAAGUUCUGCAAAAGACUAAAAAAUACUGUAUAUGCAGCAAUCUCGAGAGCCUUAUUGGGAACUUAAAUUCCACAAGCAUUACAUGGGACUGGACUCCAACUUCUUUAAUAAGCAACACUGGAGAGGACAGUUUUAUUCAGAGCCCCCACUGGGCUGAAGAUGAACAUACUGUUUUGGGGAAUGCUAGAGGGACUCUAGGCAGCCCAGCCUCAAUAUUGACCUUUCUCCUUAAACUUUCCUCAGAUCAACACCUGGGGACAACCACACUCUUACGGUGAAAAGCCCUUUCACAGUUGUAAAGGAGGAGGGUGAUCAUCAGGUGGUCUUCAGUAGUCAUAUUGGGUGAGCAAUAAAUACUCUAAAUAUCAGGCAGGCUGUAAUGAUCAUGCAGUCUUGCUAAACAAUGUGGAAGCAUCUACUGUUGGUGAGGGCCUCCUACUUUUUCCUGAUAGCAGAGCAUAGAAGUGAGGACAGGGCAAGCCAACAGUGGUCCUGUGACAGCUGGAGUAAGCAAGCUGAGACAACAACAUACAGGUGUUCAGUAUAUGCAGGUAGCCUCUCCUUUCUGCCAGAUGUAUUUCCUUGUGAGAGUGGUCUCACCCCAAAGGGGGCAGCUACUCAGCAAAGAGCUUCUUCUGGAAUUAUGCCUGUCCAUGGAAAGACGCAUGCCUGCUCCCCACCAUUUAGAGUAGGACUUUCGAAGUUGUGUGUCCAGCUGCCUCUGUGAAUGGCCACCACAGCCGGGGCUGUCAUGCAACAUGAGAAGAAUGGGGUGCUAUGCCCAGCACAGAGCAUCUUCUGACCACCUUCUGAGAGGGUGCAGUUACCAGGUCCUCUUCUUGUAAGCAAUAUUGGGCUAUAACUGACUUUUCUUAUUUCUCAACAAAAUUUGACAUGUGGGGCUAGCACAGGUUGAAGGGAUAGGCUUGUAGCUCCCUCCUUGCUCUCACUAAUGUUGGCUGAUACGCACACGAGCUCUGUGUAGUGAGCUCCACGGUGGAGAAAUGGCAGCAAAGUCUUUCUCUGCCCCGUCCAGGCUGAAGUUGAAUCUAACUUCAGCAAAGAUACUAUUCAGCCAACAUGAGACUUUUAGGCAUGGAAACCUUCCCACUGGGAGCAUGUUUCAUCUCUGACCUUUCAGAUAGUAGGCUGCUAAAAGUUUUGGGUUCCCUGUAACAAAAAGGUGCUUAUUCUGCCUGUAGAUGGGCCUGAGAGAUGCAGUACUGUUUCUCACCAUGCAAUUGACCUUUUCACAAAGAAACCUUAAUAAUUCUUAGUGUUCAUGUAGCUGCUGUUAUCUUUAAAGUGCUCAGUAAAUAUUGCUGUGGUUUGUUUGCUGUUCUAAAACUGAAACCUGCUUUCCCUUUGUGGAUGAAGUGAUUCACAAAUAUUGACAGUAGCUCUUUGCAUAGUUGUUCUGCCUUUUGUGCAAGGCUUUCAAAGUGCUCUGCAGACACUAUUAAAGUUCCAAAAUGCACUGCCAGGGGAGGCAGCAAAACAGAUUAUUUCAUUCACACACCAGUGAAAUGCAGCAGCUGUUUAUCAGUUCAUGUCAAUAGACAAGAGUAAAUUUAGACUAGAAAUUAAGGAGCAUUAAACCCAUUUCACAGAUGGCAGGAUGAAGCUUGGUACCACAUAAUGAUAUAAAAUAGAAGUGGGACCAGCCCAAAUUGUUUUUUUGGGGUUGGGUUUUGGGGUUUCGUUCCCCCCAAAAGUGCUGUAUAUAUGUAUAUCCAUCUUACACCCCCCAAAAAGUCAGCUCCACUAGCAUACUGCUUUUAGGAUUGCCUCUCUGCACAUCAGGGUCCACAAGCCCAGUGUGCUGGGAUUUAUGCAGGUGCUACAGCCUGGUGACUUCCCAUCAGCUGCAAGUGAGCACAAAGGAUGUGCAAUCAAGAACAGGCUACACAAAUGAAUCAAGGAAAGGUAUAGGGCAUCUUUCUUUAAUUUCACUAGUAUUAAACCAUUGUAGAAUGGGGAUGAGCACAAGGAAAGUCUCAUGUUGUAUACAGAGAAGUAGCAUCCCAACAGUGACACGGUCACGGCAUAGACUCAGACAUCCUAAAUACAGGGACCUCUUCAUUUAAGAUGAUCACUGCAGUGCACUGUGCAGAGACAUCUAUUUAGUAACGAUACAAAAGGAGCGUUGUACCUCCUGACUUGCACAUGCUGUUUUCUUGGAGCAAAACCAUGUCACUAUUGAUCCACCCACCUUUGUUUAGUUUAGAAGAGCUAAGAGGAUUAGAGCACCAGAUCAAACAUCUGCAGGUUAUAUUUAAUGCGCUUGUAACAAGGAGGGUUAUUUGCCUCGGAGUCAGAGCCUAAUUGCAAGAAUAAUCCAUGCUUCUUUAUUCAGAUAGUCAUGGUGACUAGUGGGAAAUCUGCAAGUAAACCAAAUCUCAUGUUGUCUCAGAAAUUUCAGAAUUGGUGUACAGAAAAUGAGGUAGCACAAACCCCAGCCUAUUUGUGCUUCACUUAAACUGAACACUGAACAGACAAAAUUCUACCUUUGUCUGGACCCCUUGAGUCAGCAGUGUUAAAAUGUUUAUGCUUACUACGAGUCCAACCAAAGAUUAUACACAAGGCUCUGUUUUUCAGAACCAGAAUAUUGUGGUGCACACACAGGACUAAAUGGAGUUGUGCCUUCUUACAGUGGCUCUGCACUUGGUCCUGGGAAUAUAACAGUAGUUUCACAGUUUUCUGAAUUCCACAGUUUUGACAUGCUAUUUUAUGCAUUUGAUGAAACGUAUAUAAAUUUGUGUAACUCCAUGUAAGACUAACAACAGAGAUGUUGUUGCUUUGCUAAAACACUUUUUUCCAUACCAUCAUUUCAAUAAAACUUACUAUACUACUCAGA